AUGGAUAAACAAAACGUCAGCUCAGUGACUGAAUUUCUCUUGCUGGGGAAUUCCAUUCUUGAAAAAAAUCCUUCUUUACUUUUCCUGAUUUGCUCUCUUUUGUAUGGUGCAAUCCUGGCCUUCAAUAUCACCAUCAUAUCAGUCAUACUGGCUGACUGCACUCUACACAGCCCAAUGUAUUUUCUACUGUUUGCACUCUCAGUCUCAGAAACCUCUUUUACUUUUGUUACCAUUCCCAAGCUCCUAGUGACUCUGCUGACAAAAUAUCAGUCCAUUUCUUUUACUGGAUGUGCUCUACAAAUGUUUUGGUUCUUUGGCUUGGCAGCAAACAACUGUUUCUUACUUGUAGCUAUGGCUUAUGAUCGAUAUGUGGCAAUAUGUUACCCGCUUCACUAUCAGGUUCUGAUGAACAAAAAGACAUGUGCCAAACUGAUAGCUGCUUCAUCUGUGACAGGAUUUCUUAUAUCACUGAACAUUGAUGCCCUUAUCUUUCGCUUACCCUUCUGUGGACCCAAUGGAAUCAGGCAUUUCUUCUGUGACAUUGCACCUGUUUUGAGACUAGCUUGUAUUGACAUCCAUCUGACUAGUAUUGUGAUAAUUAUUUUGUCAGCUAUUGUUUUGUUGGGCACAGUCAUACUGAUCAUUAUCUCAUAUAUCUACAUCCUCUCUGCUAUCCUAAAAAUCCACUCUAGUGUGGGGAGGCAGAAAGCCUUUUCUACUUGUGCUUCUCACCUCACUGUGGUGGUAAUGCACUUUGGAUGUGCUAUGUUUGUGUAUCUGAGACCCAAGUCCACCUCUUCGCUAGAUCAAGGCAUGUUGAUUUCUGUGGUUUAUGUCUUUUUAACUCCUCUGUUCAACCCUUUGAUUUAUAGUUUAAGAAACAAUGAGGUUAAAUUAGCCAUUAAGAAACAACUUAGACGCUCAUUUUAUUUCCAGAAAUUCUGA